AUGGCUCCCUCCGUCGUCCGGCUGGGCGCGGCUGCCCUGGCCUGUGCCUCGGGCGCCGUUGCCAAGUCAUACAAGCUUUCGGAGGCGUACACGCCGUCCAACUUCUUCGACAAGUUCAACUUCUUCAGCGGCACCGACCCCAACCGCGGCUUCGUCAAGUACCAGGCCAAAGAGUCCGCCAGUGACCUCGGUCUCAUCAAGACGGGGCAAAACGACGUCACCGUGGGCGUCCAGGCGUCCGGCAACGAGCAAGACGGGCGCCGCAGUGUCAGGCUGGAGAGCGUCAACACGUACAACUCGGGCCUCUUCAUUGCCGACUUCGCCCACUUCCCUGCUGCGGCGUGCGGUGCCUGGCCGGCCUUCUGGAUGGUCGGCCCCAGCUGGCCGAGAGACGGCGAGAUAGACAUCUACGAGGGCUGGAACUUGAACACGAAGAACAAGAUCGUGGCCCACACGGAUGAUCCCGCAUCGGUCGGUGUCUGCACCAUCUCGCCGGGCGACUUCUCCAGCACCAUGUCGUAUCCCAACUGCUGGAACGCUGCCCCGGGCCAGCCGGGGAACACGGGCUGCGCCGUCGAGGAGACCAAUGGCCUGUACGGGAACGCGAACGGUGGUGUCUACGCUUUCGAGUGGACGGAGGAUGCGAUCAAGGUUUGGAGUUGGUCGCAUGACACCGUCCCUGAUGACAUCGCGAAGGGCAAGCCCAACCCCAGCAGUUGGAAGUCCCCCCGAUUCGCCGCGGGUGGCAAGACCUGCGACGUCAAGCGUGCCUUCAACAACAUGCGCAUGGUGCUGAACAUCAACUUCUGCGGUGAUGCGGCCGGCAACACCUGGGGCGAGACGUGCAAGGCGUCGACCAAGGUUGAUGAGUGCUACACCUAUGUGCAGUGGAACCCCGACGCCUACAAGGAGACCUACUGGAAGGUCAAGAGCAUCAACGUGUACCAGCUUGGCGACGACAGCACGAGCUCGAGCUCGACCUCGACCACGUCCAGCACGUCGAGCACCUCUGCCAUCGAGAGCUCCACGAGCACCACGACCACUGAGACGACAACCAGCGCUGCUGCCACCACCGAGAGCUCGAGCAGCUCUGAGGCCGCCUCCAGCACUUCGAGCACUGAGACUUCUACCACCGUCGCCUCCGCAACCGAAACUACCACUUCGACCGGCUCCGAGACCGAGACCGUGACCACCACUGCUUCCGAGUCUGCCACGGAGACGGUCACACAGACGGCAACGGAGACCGAGACCGAGACCGAUUGCCCGGAUGAUGAGGAGCCUACCGCGACAGCCAGCCUGACCGCCACGCAGACAGCCACGGUGACCACUGCUUCCGCGACUGCCACCGAGACGGCCACCGAGACCGAGAGCGACUGCCCCGACGAUCUCGAGACAUCCACCACGGCCUCGACGACUGCCACUGCCACGGAGACGGCCACGGAGACGGCCGCCCCGACCGGCACCACCAGCACGAGCGCCACGGAGAGCUUCACCACGUCGACCAUCUACACAACAAGCACCUACACCAUCACGUCGUGCGCGGCCACGGUGACGGACUGCCCGGGCAAGAUCGGCCAGGUGACGACCGAGACCAUCGCCAUCUCCACCACCGUGUGCCCCGUGAAGACGACGCCGUCGACCUCCUCGUCUCUCCCGCCCGCCGGCGGCUGGACCACCUCCACCGUCUACUCGACCCGCACCUACACCAUUACGUCGUGCGCGCCCACCGUCACCAACUGCCCGGGCAAGAUCGGCCAGGUCACGACCGAGGUCGUGCCCGUCGGCACCACCGUCUGCCCCGUCGAGUCGUCGUCGCCUUCCGCCAGCGCUCCGGCGCCUGGUGGUAACGGUGGCGGUAGUGGUAGCAGUCCUUCGGAGGGCGUCACCACCACGCUGCGCACCUUCACUACCAUCUCCAAGACGACUACGUCCACCACCGCCGUCGUCGUCGUGCCUACUACUACCGGUGGCAGCGGCAGCGGCAGUGACAGCAGCGUGGUUGUCGCUCCCUCUGCCUCUGCCUCUGCCUCUGCCUCUGUCUCUGUCCCCCCUGUUGCCGUACCCAGCAGUGCUCCUCCCGUCGUAGUGGGCGGCGGCAACGGCACCGAGUCGAUCAAGCCGACCGUCGUGGUCCCGCCCAUCGAGAUCUCCACGACCCGGGUGCCGGUCGGCCCCACCAGCACGACGGCGCGUGUGCCUGUGGUGGUUGCGGGCGGGUCGAAGGUUGCUGGUGGGACCAGCGGGCUGUUGGUGGCGGUGGUUUUGGGUGCUGUGGCUGCGUUUGUGAUGUAA